UUAGUGCUGUAGAUUAGGUCAAAAAAGUAAAAUGAUGACAUCCAGUCAUUCUGAAAGUUCUUACUUCUCAUCAUGGUGGUUUUUUGACCAUUUUGGAAAUUUGGAAGACCAGCCCUCAGAUUGCUAAAUUACCUAUAAAAGACUUCUGCACUUGGAUGUUUUGUCACUGGAGGACAUUGAUGAGGUACAGCAAUGCUGCGCAAGGGUAUUACAGAGAGCUUUGGAGUUGCUGUCCAUGCCCUCAACACCACCCAGCUGACAGAUGGUGUGAUUAACAGGAGCAAAAGGAUGAUGCUGGACACCCUGGGUGUUGGGCUGUUAGGAACCAGGACAGCUGUCUUCAACAAGGCUCUCAAGUACAGCCAGUUGUUUACGUCUGAGGAGAGGAGCAGUGUUUGGGGCAAAUCACAGGCAGCUCUUCCUCCUCCUUAUGCUGCUUUUGUCAAUGGCAUCGCGGUUCACUCCAUGGACUUUGACGACACGUGGCACCCGGCUACUCAUCCCUCAGGAGCCGUGCUGCCGGCCCUGCUGGCCCUGGCAGAGUCUUUGCCCAGCCAGACUUCUGGUCUUGACCUGCUGCUGGCCUUCAAUGUUGGUAUCGAGGUGCAGGGCAGACUCAUGAGGUUCUCCAGAGAGGCCUACAACAUACCUGAAAGAUUCCACCCUCCCAGUGUUGUUGGGGUGAUGGGCAGUGCUGCAGCCUCAGCGAAGCUCCUGGGCCUGUCCCCGACACAGUGCCGUCACGCUCUGGCUAUCGCAGCCUCCUCUGCUGGAGCUCCCUUGGCCAACGCUGCCACACAAACCAAACCUCUCCAUGUAGGUAAUGCUGCUCGGAGAGGCCUGGAGGCGGCUCAGCUGGCCCAGAUGGGUCUGGAGGGAAAUCCAGUCAUCCUGGAUAUGGACUGCGGGUUUGGGGUUUACUACAAGGACUACAGCCCUUCAGCGAUGGCAUAUCCCACAUCUAGUGACUUUAAAUGGAUCCUGGAAGAUCAGGAUGUGGCCUUCAAGCGUAUCCCCGCUCAUCUGGGGAUGCACUGGGUUGUGGAUGCAGCGCUGGCAGCCCGUGCAAAGCUAGAAAACACAAUCUGGAACUUUGACCUCAGCCAGAUAAGGCGGGUCACACUUCGAGUGCCUCCGUCCAAGUACAUUGACUGCCCCUUUCCUACCACAGAGCACCAAGCUAGGCAUUCAUUUCAGUUCAAUGCCUGCUCCGCUCUACUGGAUAACAAAGUGACGGUGUCCUCCUACACUGAAGCUCACGUUAACCGCCCCGCUCUGAAGGAGCUCUUGUCCAAAGUCAAGGUGGAAACCCCAAAGGUCAACCAACCCAGCUUUGACAAGAUGUACUGUGAGGUUGAGGUUGAAACACAUCAGGGGCAGAGUUGCACAGCCAGGUGUGAUACCUUUUAUGGCCACUGGAGGAAGCCACUGAGUCAGGAGGACCUGGUGGGGAAGUUCAGUGUUAAUGCUUCAUCAGUGUUGUGCACAGAGGGAGUGGAGGGCGUGAUUGAUGUGAUAGAAAACAUUGAGAAAGUGAGGGAAAGCUCAGUCUUGGGCUCAUAUCUGAGAAUGACAAGUAGUCCACACGAGCAGCUCUACAACUCAGCUCGGCUUUGGUGAUUUUACUUCGUUUGAUGAAGCCAGUGUAGUGAAUGUGUUCUAUCUAAUCUAAUCUAAUGAAGUCAUUUAAUAUUUUAAACCUGCAAAAGUGUAAGAAACAUCAUAAUGUAAAUAUUUUACGCUCCAAAUAAAGUGAAAGGAUAAAGUGA